CGGUUCUUUUGGUUUCCUGUUGUCGAAGGGUACGAUGACGAUAGCAAAGAGAUACUGAGAAGGAAUAUGAUAGCCCUCGAGGAACGGUGAUGCUGUCGCCCGCCGAUUUUGGUCCUACCCCGGGAUAUCAGUUUGCGCGCGACGACAGGGCUCCACGCUGGUAGUCUUAAUUACCAGAAGUGACAAGGGAUCCAGGAAUUUGGUGGUAUAAUCCUUGGGUCGCAACUGAUUUUGCGACGCGGAAGGCUUGGUGGUGGGCGAAAGAGUGCCCAUGACAGGAAGAGCCGAUAUUUGCGAUAACAGAAUGAGGAGGAAAAGCUGAGGCAUCCUCAUGGCUUGCGGUUUCGAGGUUUCGAUCAUUAUAAUAGGUGGAGCAACACAAAGCGACAGGACGACGAGUUUUGGUUGGGGAUGCUCUCUAUCAACAAGUGCCACUGGGAGCACGAUUGAGCCUGGGACGAAUUUGUCUUGGUUAUCUUUCCAAGUUCGUAAACCAAUGCAUCUCUCCAAGCUAAAGUUCAAGUUCAAGUUGAAGCCCAAGCUCCGAGCGCCUCUCGGGAGAGUGAAGCGUCUAGGAAAACCUUUCCCUGCUCCCCUGCUCAGUUUUCCCGCUGAACUACUCCAGGAAAUCGCAUCCUUCCUGUCCAAACGCGACCAGAAAGCCCUGCGUUUCGUAUGCCAUCAGCUGAACGACGUGCUCAGAGCUACCGUGCUCUCAGCCAUCUUGAUCAAUCUCAUCCUCCCCUUAAGAUACUCUGAUCAAGAUGCCCUCAAAUAUCUCGCCAGCCACACGCCUGCGAACUAUAUCCAUCGGCUAAAAGUUUGUGUGUGGGGUUCAUAUUCCGAGCAACAUCCCCCGACUCACUGGCGCGUGGCUGAGGGUAGCAAUUCAGAAAACCACUCUCCCUCGACCCAUCCACGUCUCCAGACGAAGAGCGACAUAGCAGAGUUUCGCGCGCUAUAUAACAGAGCGUUCGCGUCGUUGACCAACUUACGAGCUUUUACGUUGUGUAUCAGCAACGGUUCUCGCAAAGUACCUCCAUACUUUGUAGAAGACACGUUUAAUUGGUUGAUGAAGCAGCCCUCCCUCGAUCUUCAUCUCACCCACCCGGAGUUCACCCUUCCGUACUUCUCCCAUUUAUCACAGUUUCGAAAUAUCCACAAGUUCUCUCUGACUGGCUAUUCCAACAAUUCUACCCCAACAAUCGAGAAGACGCUCGCCCGUGUAUUUUCGAAUAAUCAGCACUUGUCUGAUGUCUUUCUGCAUUUGGCUGAUCGGUGGGACAACAGAAGGACAAGUCUUACCGUCUCCGGCAUAGAACGCGUGUUUCCAAAGCAUGCAACGAGAACUAUACCGCUUCGUCAUCUAUUGCUGAAGGAAGGUAGUAUCACCGCCGCCCCUCACGUUUUCCAACACCUUCGCGGUCUGAGGUCACUCCAGAUAUCUAAUGUCGAUCUCCAUCAUACCUCUGCCGGAUUCUGGACGGAGCUCUCCCAGCGGGGGAUAUAUAUUCCCUCCAUCACGCUCAGGUGCCACAGUGUGCCCUCCACAGUCGUUGAUUACCUCGCCUCCAACAAGGGGAUGACCGAGUUAACGUUUGAAGUAGAGACCGACAGGGAAUGCACCUCGAGGCGAGUGUUGAGCAAAGUAGUCCCGCGUCACUCCGGGACUCCGGAAGUUCUCCAGCUGACGUCGUGUUGGGGCAGCCAUUGGGUGUUUGGCAAUAUCCCUGGAUAUGUAGUGAGUGUGUCCAAAUGCGUGAAACUGCGUAUUUUGGGUAUUGUGGUGGAGGGGAAUAAGGACUUCACGGAACCACUUCUGCUUUUGCUGACGUACCUUCCGAAUCUUCAAAUCUUGCGGCUGGUCCCUCAUACGAAUGAUUUCGGCUCGGUCUUCAAGCGUAUUCAACGCAUACGCGAUGAUGAGCCAUUAUUGAUACGCUUGCAGGUCAUUGUAUCUGUUUCUUACCAGAAGCACAUCAGGUUUGUUGCUGAGCGAUCGGGGUGGGAUCUUGAUGAUGAAGAGUCUGAAUGGCUACGAGAUGAUCCAUGGUUUUUAGGCACGUAACUUUUUUUUUUUUGAAUCCUGUUGGUAUGUGAUGUACCGUAAUCCUACACGCUAGCGUAUGGUGGGAUAUUGCUACUUG